CAUGUCCGCCAACCACCACCGAAGAAGAAAAGAAGCGGCGGGCUCCGUUACUGGAUUUGAAUCACGGAAGAGAACAUCCCGUGUCACCACAAUGGCUCAAGGUCAUAAAUUUCAAGACCUGGAGGAGAUGGGGCAGGCGUUAGUGACCUACAUCAACAGCAGUCAACUUGACCAGCUGAGACGAGUCAAAGACGACCGUCAGGCCCUCAGAGAUCAGCAGAUAGAGACAACAAAGGUUGUGACACAGAUAUUAAAAGAUGUGGCUCAGAUUGAGGAGAGUGUGGGCCAGAGGCUGCUGGACAUGGAGGAGGAGAAGAAGCACAAGGACAAGGAGCUGGAGAACUUGGAGGAGCAGCUGAGGCAGUGCUCAGCCAAAAGCCAGAUCACAGACUCAGAACUACAGUUUCUCCAGAGAGAGCUGGAGAGUCUGAGACAUGCUGAGCACGAGCUCACAACUUUUCAAAGUGAAGUGGAUGAAGUCACCACUGAGGUCAUUCCUUCAGCUGUAUAUGUGGCCCAGUUAUACUACCUGAUAACCAAGAUCAAGUGGGAAUACGAUACACCACCCAACGUCUUAAAAGGAGUCCACUAUGGUGCAGACCUGGCAACCCCCAUCAACAUCGACACGUCUACAAGAUCUCGCUGUGACGUCAGCGACCAGCUGUGGGACUUCGUCAGCACUGAUUGGUAGAUGAAGGAAAGACAUGUAGUCGGAGACGUAGUGUACAUUACUUCUGUUUUUCUGUGGAUGUUAGUUUUUCUUUUAUUAUAUACGACAUCCAUGCUGUUAUUAAAUUUAAAUAUCUCCGA